AUGUUACCUGAUAAGUGGUCACCAUUACUAGCCGCGGCCGCUACCACAUGUAGCCACCAUCAGCCACCUCCGACUCCUCUACAACAACCUCAUCCACCACCUUCCAACCACCGUCGACCACCGUCCAUUGUCACCUCCACAAUCAUCGUCGACCACCGACCACUACUGUCCAUCGCCACCACCAUUACCACUGUUGGACACCUCAUCUUCUCCUCUACUACAACAACCUCCUACACCACCUCUACAACCACCGUCGGCCACCCACCACCAUCGUUCAACACCACCACCAUGGGCCACAUUCACCUCCACCAUAACCACCACAAUCGGCUACCACUACCACCAUUAGCUACCACUACCAUUUCCCACCACCAUAGACUAUCAUGA